AUGCGCCCUGGUCUCUUUGCCCCCGCUCUCGCACUCGCCGCAGCGACGUCGCCCACCGAGUGGCACCCGUGCCCUCUCUACUCGGACGUGGGCACCGCGGCCAAACACAAGACGUACGAAGCACAGUACAACUUCACGGCCGAGUGCAUUGAAAUGUCGGCGCCGGUCUGCUACCCCGGCGUGUGCGAAGGGUCCGAGACGCUGACGCUCUUUCUCAAGCGCAUUCCCGCCACGCACCCGACGACGCCAGCCAAGGCCGUGUGGCUCAUGCAAGGCGGUCCCGGUGCGCCAUCCGAUGCGAUGGAGCCAUCCAUGGCGCAGAUCUACGAAGCUGCCAAUGGCACCAUUAGCCUCUACACGAUGGACCACCGUGGUGUCGGCCGCAGUUCGCCCUUAACGGCCCUCUGCCCUGAUUUGGCGACGGCCGAGAUCGAGACGCUUGACACAGCGCACACCGAGUGCUUCAAGAAGCUCAAGGCCAAGUACGGGCCCAACGCUCCCAAGGGCUUCUCGGUCACGAGUGCAGCGACAGACCUCGCGACGAUCAUCCAGAGCCCGCUUCUCGCUGCUUCGGACGUUUUUGUCUACGGCGUGAGCUACGGCACGUACCUCACGGAGCGUUUGAUGCACCUUGCGCCCAAGAACGUCAAGGGCUACAUCCUCGACAGCAUGCUCGCCGAGAGCCCGUUGAGCACGUUCAGCGACUGGGACCGCGACGUUGCGCACGUUGAAAAGGAGUACUACCACCUUUGCGACAAGGACCCCGUGUGCUCGUCCAAGCUUGGGCCCAACUCGAAGCGAUUCGCGUUUGAUUUGUACAAGAAGCUCGACGCGAACGACACCGAGUGCGCUCAAACGAUCUACGCAGAGAAGGGUCUUCCGUCCGACUUUGUCGGGUCGACGCUCGCCGGUAUGCUGACCAACUACAACCAGCGCAACUUGGUGCCGGCAAUCCUCUACCGUCUCGCCAAGUGCGUCAUCGACGUCGAGAGCGAAGCCACGUUCCUCACUGGCUUUCUUGGCCUCACCUCGGAGGCCGACGACACCGAAGGACGUGAUGACAUUGUGCCCGGGGACGCUGAGACGGGCGAGUCGGUCAGUGACGACAUUCUCUACAACAACAUUGUCUAUAAUGAGAUCUGGGAGUCGCCGGCGCCGUCAGUCGAGCGCCUCAACGACGACUCGUCCAAGCUCACGUGGCGCAGCAGCACCAACGUCUCGACGCUUCUCAAGGUCGGCAAAUACUGCCUCUACACCGGUGGCAAGGACGCCGUGUGCAAGCAGUUUGAGAUCACGCCCGGCUUCGAGUCAUUUGCGUACGCCCACGACCAGUACUGGAACAAGACGGCGGCUGUGCCCGCUGGUGCCAGCGCUCUCUUGCUCUCGGGUGGUCUUGACAUUCAGACUAUCCCCAAGUACGCCGUGGCCCAGAAUGCGUCGAUGGUCGGCGACAAGAAGCUCCUUUUGCAGUUCCCGUUUGGCGGUCACAGCAUCAUUUCGACGACCAACACGGACCCCAAGACUCAUUAUCUAUGA